AUGGAUAUCAAACGAAGUUGUCCCUUAUCACAAUUAAUCGAUAUUAAUAAACCAAUAAUGUCUACACCACGAAACCGACCUCCACCGAUGUAUUCCUCCGAAUCAAAUACUAAUAAUAUCUAUGCUCUUAAUUUGACUCCUUUAAUAGAUAUUCAUAGUUCAGAAAAAUCUGGUUUAUUAGACGAACAAUUUCGUCUUGAAAAUGAUAUAGCUUAUCAAUCAUCAAUUAAAACUCAAGAUUCAUUUAGAACAACAUAUUCAAGUUUACAAACUAUACUUUCUCAAAUGCAAUUAAAAUUAGCUUCUGCAUUUCUUGAAGAAACUGAAUAUUUAAAACAACGUGAAGAACGACUUGAACAAGAAGAACAAUCAUUAACAAAACGCAUUCAAAAAUUAGAAAAUAUCCAAAUUGAACGACAACAAAUUGAAAAAGAAUUUUCAAAACUUAAAGAUCGACUUGAAACAGCAGUUACUCAAGUAACAAAUUUUCAAACUAAUGGCACACAAAUCUUACGAACAUUAUUUUCUGAAUCUCGUCAAAUAGAUGAACAAUUAUCUGGACUUAUAUCUCAAUGUUUAGCAUCACUUUGUCGUUCUCGAACAAGAGUUAAUCCAAAAAUAAAUGAAUUUUUACAAAAAUCCGAACAUAUUCAAUCUGAAUUAACUGAUCGACAAAUCUUAAUACAUAAUACACAAUCAUCAAUAAAAUUAAUGCUUGAAUUAGUNAAGUGGAAUCAUGAAAAGUGCCAGUUUUUUUGUCGGAUUUAUUUUUCCUAA